UCUAAAGCGCGUGUCCGGUUUGGUUUUGUAUUUUAUAGAGUUUUUUUCUUACCGUUUACCGAUAACAAAUAAAUAAGUAAAUACUCACCCCGAAAUUGACUCUAUUCAAAUGGAAUUAGAAGAUGGUUUUGAUGACUUGCUAGCAGAAAUUGAUGAGCCUACCGUUUCUAAAAAACCUAAAACAGAACAAGAUGAUUUACCGGGACCUUCAAAACCGAGUUCAUCUAAAACACAUUGUGUCUUAGUAAAUCAAAAGCAACGUGGAAAUCCCUUACUCAAGUUUAUCACAAGUGUGGCAUGGGAAUAUGAUGAAAUAAUUCCAGAUUAUGAGAUAGGCAAAACAAUAUGUAUUCUUUUUCUCUCUACAGCCUAUCACAACUUAAAUCCUGAUUAUCUUAACAACAGGAUAAAGGAAUUGGGAAAGAAAUAUGAGCUUAGAGUUCUUUUAGUACAGGUAGAUUUAAAAGAUCCACACAGUGCUUUGAAGAACCUAACAAGGAUAUGUCUUUUAACUGACCUUACGCUGAUGUUGGCUUGGAGUCCGGAAGAAGCUGCAAAAAUUAUAGAGAACUAUAAAAUAUUUGAAAAUAAACCACCAGAUCGAAUUAUGGAAAAAACUGAAAAUGAUCCACAACAAAAGAUAAUAAAUGCAUUAUCGAACAUUAAGCCAGUUAAUAAAACUGAUGCUAUGACGUUAUUAACUAAUUUUGGAACAUUGGCCAAUAUAAUAAAAGCAAAUGAAAGCCGACUUGCCGACUGUCCGGGUUUUGGGCCCACGAAGGCGAAAAAAUUAUAUAAGGCGCUACAUGAACCGUUCUUAAAGCGAGGUAAUAUCAUAGACAAGGAAGUUGAGAAGUCGGAAGACUUUGGUGAAGAUUUAAAUAUGGAUGAAAUAGAAAAAGCGGAAAAUGAAAUCAAAAAUUAAUAGCACA